CUUGCAACUCGCGAAUUGUGUAGAAUUGUCAACUUUCUAUCUCGCCUUCCUAUCCGCCUUAUCGAUGCCAGAAGACAAGCCCCGCAGCCACGCGUGUACCUGCCAAAGAGGGGUAAGUGUUGGUCUUUAGCAUUGCCGAAGAGCAGCAGCCGCGGGCGCAUAAGGCGUAUAUACCAGCUCUACUAUCUCCUUGACAACUGCUGCAGCUUUCUAUUAUCCCGAAUGGUCUCAACUUCUUCUCUGUAGAUACGAUUCACCCUGUCUGAGCGUUCAAAAUGCCACUAUCACCCGAGAUCACCAAGUCCAUCGAGGAUGCCGUAGCGAAAAACUUCAAAGAUGAGAUUGCGUUUGUCCAAAAGAUGGUGCAGUAUGGUGGGCAAAGAGGCGAGGAACAUGAAGCCUUAGAUGAGCUUUACCACCAAUACACCUCCCGUGGGUACGACACCACCAGACUCGAGAUGGAUCAACAGGUUCUGUCGCAACAUUCAGGUGCAGGUAGAUUCAGCGACACGCAUUCCAAAGCCCCAGUUGUCAUUGGCGUACACAAACCAAAGUCAUCAAUACCAGGCGGGAAGAGUCUGAUCUUGAACGGUCACAUCGAUAUUGUACCUAACGGACCAAAAGAACUAUGGACGCAUGACCCGUACUCCGGAAUCAUCGAAGGCGACUGGCUGUACGGUCGAGGAAGUGGCGACAUGCGUGCUGGCGCGGUCGCGAACCUCUAUGCACUAGAUGCUUUGCGCAGUAUUGGCAAGCAACCGGCGUCAAAGGUCAUCAUCGAAUCUGUACCCGAAGAGGAGUCGACUGGUAACGGUACAAUGGCCACACAUCUUGCUGGAUAUACUGCAGAUGCAGUCCUGAUCCCUGAGCCUACAAACGAAGAGCUUGUUCGUGCCAAUGUGGGUGUCGUUUGGUUCAAGGUCGCGGUUGCGGGUCGACCAGUCCACGUUUUGAAGGCCAAAGAAGGAUCCAAUGCCAUCGAGUCGAUAUGGAAGAUUGUGGGCGGCUUGAAAGAGUUGGAAAAAGAGAUGAACGAUCAGAAGAAAGGGAGACUGUACUUCGAACACAUGGCUUCACCCAUCAAUCUCAAUGUCGCUAUGAUUCAGGGUGGAGACUGGGCCAGCUCAGUGCCAGCUUGGUGCACGAUCGAUUGUCGCGUAGCGCUCUUUCCCGGCGUCACUGCACAAGAAGUGGCAGAUAAGAUUGAGCGUAAGGUUGCCGAGGUAUCGAAAACAGACUCUUUCCUGCGCGACUCACCAGCGAAGGUGUCGUGGAACGGCUUCUUCGCGGAAGGCUAUGUGUUGGAACCUGGUAGCGAAGCAGAAGAAUUGCUGAAGACGGUGCAUCAGCAGGUGACUGGCGCAGAGUUGACAAGCAUGACCAUGCCUGCUUAUCUCGACACCAGAAUCUUUGCUCUAGAACAGAAGAUACCUGCGUUAUGCUACGGACCGAUCGGGGAGAGUCUACAUGGGUUUGACGAGAGGGUGAGCAUCAGCAGUAUCCAGCGAGUCACAACCACGAUCGCCCUGUUCAUCGCAGAGUGGUGUGGUCUGGAAGACAUCGCAAGUUAG